AUGUACGAAAUCUCGCGGUUUGAUUAUCGAUGUAACAAAGCACUAUUUGUGAGUCUGUCCGGAGAGUGGCCGUGGAGAAGUCAGAGAACUCAGUUCCGCACUGUAGUUCGUCUGAGUCAGAGCUAUUUCGCAACUCUGCAUCUUGAAGGCCGACUGAGUCAGAUCUCUUGGUGCACACGAGGUAGAACGAAAACAUUUUAUGAGAUCAUCGAUCAGGACUCUGGCGAACACACGAGACCUUCCGAAAUUCUCGUGCGGAAUUCGGCGGAAUCGUUCGUAUCCUUCUGCAGGCGGAGGCAUGAGGCAAUUUUCGAUGGACCCCCGGUCUACACCAAAAGCCUGGUUUCAGUCGGUGCAUACCCCAUCUACCCGAGAUAA